GAAUUAACAUCUGUGUCUCUUCCAGCAAAGCCAAGCCCAGAAGAAAGAUCACCCUGACCUAUUUCAGAGCCCCUUCAGGUCCCAAAGAACAGGACAGAGGACUCUCCCCAGCCAGAACACUGCUUAGGGUAGAGGACAAGGACUUCUAGUCUGAAGCAGAGUGACCCAAGCUGCUCUGUCCCUGAAUCAAUCAUGGAACAGAUCAAUGGAUCUCUUCAGAUGGAGUAUGCACUGCUGUUCACCUUCCUGGAGGCAUCCUCAGACUGUAAGUUCAGAGACCAGCUGCAUUCCCUGCAGAGCCAGCAGAUUAUGUUGUGCCAAGGAAACGAUGACGAUGAGCUUCAGACCGAUGGCAAUCGGAGCGGCCACUUUCAGAAUGGUGAGCUAGGGUUGGCUCCAACAAAUGAAGAUGUUAUCCGGAUCAUUGCUGCUCAGCUCGCUGAGAUCGGAGACCAGCUGGAUAAAGACAUCCAAGGAAGAGUUGUAAAUGACCUAGUGCAGCACUUUCUGAAUGAGAAUCUGUCGAGAGAGGAGAUAACCCUGCACAUGUCCAGGGCAGUGAGAGAGCUGACACGCUCCAUCCCCUCAGACAUGGAACAGGAGAAGGCCAUGUUGGUGCUAGCAAUGCUCUUGACUAAGAAAAUUGUGAAUACAGUGCCUUCCCUUUUACACCAUGUCUUUAACACCACUCUGAACUACAUGAACCAGCAGUUCCACAACUACAUUGUUGAAAUGCUGGGUGAGUGAGCUCUCCAGCCCUGUGCAGCCUGUGCAUUCCUGAAGAUUUUCCUGGAUGGAUGAAGAUCACUUGAUUUACUCUUAACUUCUGAGAUACAGCUGUGAAAGAGGUGGCAGAUUGUAGAUAGGCUUUUGUAGACUAGCACAGCAGUAAUAGUAGCGUGAGCUGCCUGCCAGCUCUCCCAGUACCUGUAGGGAGUAGUGCUUGCCUCUCUCCUUUUACAAUAUUUUUUAUUUUAGCAGCUGCAGCUUUUGUGCAGAGCCCCAGUGGGCACAGGGCCUGCCCUCUCAUUGUUUUUUCUAAGAAGCUGCAGCAUUUUACUUUAGUUCUUCACUUCCCAGCCCUGCUCCUGCAGCUGAGCCAUGCUGCUGUUCCCAGGAAGGCCUCGGGCUAUGGAUUGGUGGUUCAUCAGCAGAAUCAUCUGCGGGGGUGGGUGGGAAUCAGGUCUUAUCUUGAUGAGAAGCUGGCAGCAGGACUGAACAGAACCCUGAGUGCUAGAGGAGGGUGUGGCCAGACAAGGCUGACACAAGGAUGCUUCAGUAUCCAUCACCAUACACCUGUGUUUGCUUGAAGAAUAAAACUGACUGGAAAACUGUAAAGAAAAGGGCAGGGCAGGCACAGGGCAAGUCUUCUUGGGAAUGCAGCCUGGAUAUGAAUUAGAAAAAGUAGCAUAUCUUGUAGUCACAUCUCAGGUCGAACAAACUCAGACUCAGGUUGUUUGAUGAAUAAUCACACAAGGUGGCAAAUGUGUCACCUGUGAUCCAGCUGCCUCAGGACUUUUCCAAGUAUAUAAAUAUUUUGUGAGGUUUUUUAACUUAAAUAAAAAAAAUCAUUUCUGAUGGCUACUACAGCUCUGCAGA